AUGCUUCCUCCAGAGAUUUGGUCCCGCGUGUUUUCCAACUUUCUUCCACCGACGACAUCGGAAGCCUCUCGGCACUCGCUCAAGCCCCUUUAUUCCCUCUGCCUCGUCAGUCGCAAAUUCCGCCAAAUUGCCCAACCUCUAUUGCACCACACUAUUGCCUCCGACUACCGACACCUUAAACAUGAGCCCAAGCUAGUCAGAAGCCUUUAUGAAUUACCUGAACUGGCUCGUGCCGUGCGCAGGGUGGCGUUGGUCGACCAUGGCCUUAAGACUCUGGCAAGCGAUCGGCAGCUGGUGGAGGAUGUGAUCCGUUCUUUACAUGUUCCAGAGGCAUUCAGGCCUCGGCUAGAAGCCUAUCCCGAUCCCGAGAUUCCAGAGGUUUGUUUUGCGGCAAUUGUUCUUUCAAUGACAACUGCGGUACGCGAGAUCGAUAUACGCUUCAACUUCCAUGGUGACGAAACAGCCACAGAUCUCAUGGCGCUCCUGAUCGGACCCGACAGAAUCGCCGGCGAUGAGAUUUCACACCCUCAGAUAGAGUACGGGGUAUAUGGUCUGCCGUCUCUGAAGCGCAUGUCACUCACUAUUGGUGACGAGAUGUGUUCCAGCAUUUCUGGGUUUGAGUCAGUGUUAUUGCGGCCAGGCUUGGAGCAAUUGUGUCUUAAGAAAGCCUACUGGCACUUGAGCGAGGAUGAUGCAACACGGUGGCCAGAAGCGACAUCCGAUCUACCAUCGCUCACCCUGUGUGACUCGAUAGUCAAUGGCCACUCCAUCCAGGAUAUCUUCACCCGGUUUCCGAACCUUCGAGUCUUCAACUACACUGCAUCCGACCGGUUCUCGGGACGUGAGGAGGAUUACCAGCAUGAUGAUCCGGAGUGGGGUUUUCACGCUGCCGACGUCGGCGACUCUCUGAGGAGGUUUGGGACCAAGCUCGAGGCUCUGACUCUCAGAACAACAACAUACCGCGAGGGAGAAACGUACGACGGGGAACUUUGGGACGACAGCCUCAUAGGUUCUUUGAAAGAACUGAAUGCCCUUCGUAAACUUGAAAUUGACUUAUCCGAACUGACAGAAAUUGACGAGGAUAAGGAUUCUGCCGAAUGGGCUCGAAAUAUCGUCGAGCUUUUACCGCCGAGCUUGGAGGAACUGAUCGUACCGUACCAGUACACCACGUUGGGACAAGUCUUGGAACUCAUCAAGGGACAACACUUCCCAGCGCUGCGACUGAUUGCUAUUGUUCCUAUUCCCGGCGAAAAAGCAUACGUGCCGUCAAUUAAAGACGAGGAGAUCCCAGGUUGGGCAUUGAUCCUCGGGGGGGUUGAUAUCUCAUCGACCGUGGAUGCGGCUUUUAGUUUUCAGAAGAAGUAG